AGAGACAGAGGAGAGAAGAAUAAGAGAGGGGAGGAGAGAAGCAACACGCAACAGCAGGGGGAAAGGAGAUUCCCGAGAGAAGCGUGAGACAAAAAAAGAAAGACAGUCUUCACCUGUAAUUGGGAAUUAGUGAAUUUUGAAAGGAGAAUUCUGAGCUGAGAAAUAAAGAAGGCGGGACAGAAAAAAGAAAAUAAUUCUUCAUAGAGAGAUUUUAAAGUAAACUCUGAUUUGUCUGUGUGGAGGGACUGUCUCCAGUAUGUUCCUCCUGCUCUCUUUGUGCAUGUGUGGUCUCCUGCUGCAAGGUGAUGCACAGGACCGAGCUUCUCUGUGGAGGGGAAACGACCGGAGUGGGCGAUGUCAAUACACCUUCACUGUGCCCAGCCCCGUGGAGUCCAGCUGCCCGCAGACCGGCGGCCCAGAGAUAGAGGGUCUGAAAGCCAGAGUCGGCCUGCUGGAGGUGCUGGUGUCCCAACUGACUGGCGGUGACACUGGGGGUUCCCAAGCGGCUGGAGCCAGAGCUCAGUCGGAGCUCCGGGAGGCGCUGGACCGGGCUGUGGGGGAGAGGAACCUGCUGCGGGGCGAGAAGGAGCGUCUGGAGAGGGAGGUGGGGGGGCUUCAGCGCAGGAUAGAGGAGAUGAGCAGGGAGACGGAGAAGCUGAGGAACAGGCCCUGUCCUCCACAGACCCCCAUGGUGCCACCCAGCUCCUCUCUGCAGAACAGUGGCCCGAUGAGACCUGCUGGGGGUUCCAGUCAGACGUCUCACCUGAUGACCAGGCCCAACAGACAGGGAGACAGCAGCAGUUUGAGAGACUCAGCGUGGCAGUAUGGCCCUCCAGGUUUCCAAGAGCUGAAGGCCGAGGUGACAGAGGUACCUGCUCCUGACGGCUCCGAGGACAACACAGGUUGUGGGGACUUGCUUUCGGUUGGUGAGCCGGUCACUCAUAGGAAAGCUGACAACAUAGCAGGUAAAUAUGGUGUAUGGAUGCAGGACCCUGAGGCCGUCUCCCCUUAUGGACCCAACAUGGUGUGGCGUAUCGACACCAUUGGCACCGAGGUCAGGCAGCUGUUUGGGUAUGAGGACAUGGAACAACUCUCUAAAGGCUUUCCAUCCAAGGUCCUGCUGUUGCCAGAGCUGGUGGAGAGCACUGGUGCCACUGUGUACCGUGGCUCUCUCUACUAUCAGAGACGUCGUAGCCGCACCCUCAUUCGGUACGACCUUGCCUCUGAGAGCAUUGCAGCCCGCCGUGAGCUCCCCCACGCUGGCUUUCAUGGCCAGUAUCCCUACUCUUGGGGAGGCUACACAGACAUCGACCUGUCCGUGGAUGAGCAGGGGUUGUGGGCCGUCUACUCGACCAGUAAAGCAAAAGGAGCCAUCGUGAUCUCGCAGCUGGACCCACACACUACGGAGGUGAAGAAGAGCUGGGAGACCAACAUCAGGAAGACCUCUGUGGCUAACUCCUUCAUCAUCUGCGGCAAGCUGUACACCGUGUCCAGCUAUGCGGCACCCACCACGAUCAUCAACUACAUGUACGACACUGCAACUAGCCAGGGGAAGGCCGUAGCCAUCCCCUUCAGAAACAAGUACCUCUACAACUGCAUGAUCGACUAUAACCUGGCUCAGAGGAAGCUGUUUGCCUGGGACAACUUCCACAUAGUGUCCUAUGACCUCAGGCUGGGUCAGAAGCAAGCCAACUGAGGCCAAUACGAGUGACUGUUGAAAAGUGACAUUUGCUCACCUGUUCCUGCUUAAAAGACUCAGACCUUUAGAGACAAAUAUAUGUGGUAGCAGUAGUCAGAAAGCUAACACUAUCAGUAUCCAAGCGUAGAAGAGCCUAACUACCAAAGUCCAGAGGGAAAUGAAGACAUUGGAGGAACAGUGUCCCCUACAGGUUUGCUUUUCUUUCAGUGGGAGGGCUUUUGCCGCGACAUGGUUCACAAAUAUGUUUUUAGAGGAAUUAUUUUUGUACCGCCUUUAAUUCAGAUGUAUGAUUUUCUUGUUUUUAUGUUAAGCUAUAUACAGUAUAUUUGAGGUCUAAAAGAUGAAGCAUAGUUCAAUAUCACUAGCUAAGUGGGAUAAUUAAUGCAUAGAGUUUACAACACAAACUCUUGUGGUACUACACACCCUACCAUGUUUCUCCAGUCAACAUCUUUUAUUAAAUAAACUACUCUCUCACUCAGCAUGUACUGAAUAUUGCAUGUACUGGUACAUUGUAGUCGACAUUGGUAAUGUUCA